AAAAAAUAGCCUGACAUUAGAGUUCGCGCAUAAUGUAGGUCAAACGACCAUCGCGGCCUAUAUAAUAUCGCUCGGAAAUCGGUUCGGAAACAGACGUUUUGACGUUUAUCGGUUUUAAAACGACGUAAUGUUUACGCGAUGUCGCUGAUUUGCUUCUCCCGCAAAAAGCAAGACCGCAGGAAGUCACUGGAACCUUCGUCCAUAAGCGCUGGAAAUAGUCCUUUGAAAACCUCGAAAAACUCACGACCGAUAAGUCAAAAUAUAUCGAUAGCCCCUAGGACUUCGGCGUAUUGUGAGAGGAAAAGGGCCAGGGUUAAGGAUUGGGAGUGUGGGAUUUGUAGGAGAGAGUUGGUUGAGCCCAGGCUUUUGGCCUGCCUUCAUAGCUUCUGCACGAGGUGUCUACAGGGCCUGCAUCAGGAAGGCGAGGCUGCUGUUUGGGAGGAUAUCGAUGGAGGAUCUCUGCAGCACGAUCCCGGCGGAUUGGCUUCCGGUGGAGGCUCUGCUGGUUCCGGGUACGAGAGUGACAUCCGCAAGUCAGGAUCUGACACCAGCUUGGACAAAAUCAACGUGUAUGGGAUCGUUACUCGAAAGAUUUCAGGGAAGAAUUACCACUUUAUCCUAUGUCCGGUAUGCGGAUUCGAGACGCAGCUGCCGCUUGGCGGCAUAGCGGCACUGCCGCUCAACUAUGUGCUGUUGAGGCGGAUGGCCAAUCGUGAUGGCGGGAACGCUAUACUAUGCGAUCUGUGCUGCAUUGACAAUAAGGCAGACAGUCGUUGCGGCCAGUGUCUGGUGAGCGUGUGCACACCGUGCGGCGACGCGCACACCAAGCAAAAAGGGCAUGCGACGCAUCUACUGCAGCCGCUGGAGCCCGUGCUAAGAUUCUGUGCGCAGCAUCCCAAACUGGAGCUAACUGUGUACUGCGCUACUUGCCAACAAGUGAUAUGCAGAGACUGUUGCUUGAUCUCACACACUGGACACGCCGUGGCCAACGCAUCCCGCGCGGCCAACGAACGCGCCAACGCCUUGAGAGAUGCCUGCGAGCGGACCAAGCAUGUACCCGGCAAUGUGGAGCGAGCGAACAGAAUCCUUGAAGUGCAUACUUCAGAAGUCGAGGCCCAAGCAUCACGCGUGGAGAGCGAGAUUCGAGUGUGGUCGGAGGAGUACCGCCUUGCCGUGGAGGCUCAUGGUCGAGCACUGUGCAGUGCGGCGGUGCGAGCUAGGGCGGCGUACCGGCAACGCAUACAGGAUAAAACCAGGCAGUUGGAGGAGAUGUCUGCCCAUGCAAUGGAAGCUGUUAAGUUUGCGGAGGAGCUCAUAUCAGAAGGCAAAGAAGACGAGGUCCUCUCUCUCAGCGGGCCAGUACUCCGUCGUUUGGAGCGCCUCACAGAACUUCAGCCAUUGUCAGAGCCCCCACGAUGCGAACUUCGCUUCGCACCUGCAGCACCUGCUACCCAUCAUCCAACACUAGUAGGGCGAUUGUUCACACUGGCGCCCGAUCCAGAUCACUGCGUUCUUGAUACUGAUGGUCUCCAAGAUCUCCAAGUAGAGGUCCAGCACACAGCAAUUCUGGAACUACGGGAUAGCAGUGGAGAACGCAUUUGGUGUGGUGAAGAAAAUGUGGCAGGUUACUUCAGACGGCAGGACUCCAGCGCUCGUCCGGCCGCUGCUAAAGUCCGUGAGAGAGGGGACGGGACAUACGCGCUACACUUCGCCCCCAAUAGCCCCGGACACUAUCUACUCGCUGUUACUGUUAAUAAUACACCUAUUAAGGGCAGUCCAUUUUCGUGUGCGGCGCGGAUGUCGAAAGCACACACAGGGCAGUUCCACUGUUGCGCAUUUUGCUCAUCGGGUGGGAAGAAAAGCGCAACUUGCGGCUGCGGCUCCUCUAUGGGAGGGGGGUACAAAGGCUGCGGCCACGGACACUCGGGCUGGCCGGGCGCGCGUCAUUGGUCUUGCUGCGGAAGCACGCGGCGGCACUCCACCUGUACUAGGCCUAACCACCAGUUGUACCAAUUCUCACUAUAG